AUGCAUAGAACGGGAAGACUACCGAGUAAAUUGUCAAUAGAAACAAAACUCGGUGAUGAUGAUUAUGCUGCCCCUAGUAACUCCGGCAAUUCUGAGAGCAGCAAUUCAAAUAGUGCAUCUGUGACUAGUGACAAUGCAAUCACCAGCAAUAGCGGCACCACGAACAAACCUAGCGGGCCGACCGUAUUUGUUCAAUCUAAUAGUUCGUCAACUCAUAUUAUAUUGAACGAGCCAUCGUUUUUGGGUCGUAUGUCUCAAUCAGAUUAUGAUAGUGGAAGAAGCGGAAGUUCUAGCGCAAGUGGUAGUGGUACUGGGAGCGGUACUGCCAAUGACAGUGAUAGCGAAAAUUAUCCUCCAUUAAGCGGAGUCCCUCAAGAGAGAGAUAUUCAUAGACCAUCCGCGUUGGCUCCUUUGGUACGACCUGCUCUUCUGAGAUUUCACUCAUCUCCUGCAUCUUCUACAUUAAGCCCUACAAGACACCAGUUCCGUCUUCCGAACCAAAUGCCCAGAGAAAUCAAGGAAACACUGAAUGCCAGUUACAGAGAGGACGAGACGGGAUCUUCUAUCAAUCAAUACACCGUGAAUGAAGUAAUCGGAAAUGGGUCUUUUGGAUCCGUAAGACUAGCGAUUGACAAAAACACAAACACCCGUUAUGCGAUCAAGGAAUAUUCUAAGCAAAGACUGAAAAAGUUGAAUCGAACUGAACUUAUGCAAUUGAGGAGAAAGGGCAUGAGAGGGAGGCCCCCUCCAAGAACCGCAACCCCACAACAACCUUCUUCUUCGUCCGAUAGUUUUGACCCUUCCAACCCCAUCAACCUGAUUCGUCACGAGGUAGCCAUCAUGAAGAAACUCGAUCAUUUAAAUAUUGUCAAUCUAGUGGAGGUUCUCGAUGACCCACAUGGGGAUUUGCUCUACAUCAUACUGGAAUACUGCGAGAAAGGUGUCAUAAUGCCAGUUAAUAAGGAAGAGCAUCCAAGUGGCCAUUAUUCUGAGGAACAAUGCCGAUUAUACUUUAGAGAUAUGAUCCUUGGGGUUGAGUAUUUGCACUCACAGGGCAUCAUCCAUCGAGAUAUUAAGGCUGACAAUGUCCUUGUCAGUGAAGAUGAUGUUGUGAAAAUUGUUGAUUUUGGUGUUUCAGAAAUGUUUGAGAAAGGGAAUGACGUUAUUAAAAAGACUGCCGGCAGUCCUGCUUAUAUGGCACCAGAACUUAUCUAUCUCAAUGGAGUAGGGGAACCCUCACAAGUUAACAGAAUCAUAUAUGGGCGAGCUGCUGAUAUAUGGUCUAUGGGGGUUCUAUUGUAUUACAUGCGGUUUGGAUUUUUACCGUUUCAGGCCGAUACGGUUACAGACCUAUACUACGAAAUUCUUACGACUAGCCCUAGAUUUGAUGAUGAUGAUGAAUGCGAUGAAUUUUUGAAAGACUUAUUGUUACGGCUUCUCGAAAAAGACCCUCUACAAAGAAUAAAGAUGGAUCAGAUUAGAGAUCAUCCUUGGGUUACAUGCCAAGGACAAGAUCUCUUGUUAUCAACUGAGGAGAACACAGCUGACUGCAUCACCCCAGUGACGGAAGAAGAUUUGCUGAGUGCAUUUGAACUAAUUGAAGGUGUAAUGGACCUCGACCAAGCAACUGCAAAGCUAAGAAAACUUCACGGAUGGAGAGGGUCAUUAAAUGGAUCAAUUUCUAGAGAAUCAUCGAAAUCGCCUGUGUCAAUGUUAUCGGAGGGCAGCGAUUCUGGCACUCAUUCAAUGUUCAAGCUGACAAGAGCAUUGAAUGAAAUUCUCGCAAAAGAUCGGGCUACUGGAAACUGCCCCGUAACGUACGUUUCCCGUUCCAGUGGGACAUCACCUCUUUUGGAUCCCUAUAAUAUGGCUACCUCACCAACGAAAGUUGAAUUGACCCCUUCAAGUGCCCCUUUUGGAAAUCGCGAGUCCAAUGAUUAUUUCAACCAUCAGCAACAGCCUAUACCUAAAAUUAUUACAACAACUUCUGAUUCUAGCAUACCAACCCGAAAAGUAGAAAGUGAUGAUUGUCAAGAACAGGCUCCUGAUACCCAGCCAGACUAUAAUAACGGUGAUCCAGUUAAUACGGAUUUCCUGCCGUUAACCGAAAACUUGGUUGUUGAGUCUAGUAACGAGUCUACCAAGAAAGAGAACAUCGAGACUACAACCGAGCAGAAUAGUGCGCAAAUGCAAAGGCGCCCUAGUAGGAGCAGAACAAGACAGUUCUUGGGACUGGAAAUGACAUCGAUUCGGUCUCGCAGUCUUGACACUGAUGAUAGACUGUAA